AUGUCAGCAGACGAAUCGGAAAAGCGAUUUUUCAAACAGGGCACAUGGGUGGUGGGCUCUGCCGCGGUGACUAUUACCGCUGCUCUUUUAUCUAGACGGUCUGUGAGAGCCCGUAUGUACCGACCCAAGACGUUCGAGGCCAACCACAUACCGCCAAAGUUCAAUAUGACAAAAGACGCAGCCUUCGCCAUGGUUGACGCAACCCUGCUGUCCACUGGCUUUUUCGCAUUCGGAGUGGCCUCAACCUGCUGGCUCAUGGACGUCUCAUCUUUUGAACAGUUUGGCCGUAAAAUGAAGGCAUAUUGGGGCGCCGAGGAGCGAGAGAAGCAGGUUCUGAAGGAGGCCGACAAAGAGAUCGACGAGGCCGUCCAGACUUGGUUCAAAUGA